UCUCGGCGUCUCAGCUCCGAGGGACCGGGACCCGGAGGACCAGGGAUGUGUCUCCUGCUGGGGGCUGCAGGAGUCGGGAAGACCCUGCUGGUGAAACGCCUGCAGAAGCUGAGCUCGGGAAAUGGCAAGGGCGACCUGGGGGACCCUCCGCCGACGCGGCCCACGGUUGGCACCAACCUUACUGACAUUGUGGCCCACAGGAAAAUCACCAUCCGAGAGCUCGGGGGUUGUAUGAGCCCCAUCUGGUCCAGUUACUAUGGAAACUGUCAUUCACUCCUGUUUGUGAUGGAUGCCUCUAACCCCACCCAACUCUCUGCAUCCUGCGUGCAGCUCUUGGGUCUCCUUUCUGCAGAAGAACUUGCAAAAGCCUCGGUCCUGAUACUCUUCAAUAAAAUGUAUGGGUCUAGGAGCGACCUUCCCUGUUACAUGACUGUGGAGGAGAUGAAGUCAUUAAUCAGGCUUCCAGACAUCAUUGCAUGUGCCAAGCAGAACAUCACCGCAGCAGAAAUAAGUGCCAGGGACGGCACUGGCUUGGCAGCCAUACUGCUCUGGCUCCAGGAGCAACACAGAUGACCAGCUGACGGCAGGACAGGACGGAGCAUUCUGGCUGACCCGGUGCCUGGAGACAAAGACUGACGUGACUGCCUCUGAAGAUGCAUUCUGGUGAAGCAGACCCGCCCAGUGUGUCCCUGAGUGACAGGGAUCUGUGCAAGCACGAGUACAGAGGCUACUGUUGUUAUCUGGCCUCAGAAGAUGCAUUCUGAUGAAGCAGACCGCCCGGUGUGUCCCUGUGUACAGACACUGCUGUCAUCUGACCUCUGGAGAAUGUUCCCAAGACUGGGAGAGGACAGAACCGCAGGUGGCUGGAUGUCUUCCUGCUAUCUAGAUGAAAGUGCUGCUCGGACUCCACCAGGAAACUUUGGACCUAUGCCUGAGGGCUUUGGACUACUGCUACACUGAGCCCCCAGAUAUUUUUGCUAGUACAAGCUCUGCCCUUCUGAGUUUCUGAUAUCCUAACCAUGUUCCCCAGAAAAAAAAAUAUAUAAAGUUAGUGAGUGAGUAUAA